AGAAAACUGAAGAAAAAAAGUUAGCAAGUAAAAUUCAACCAAGGUUUACAGUUCCACACAUCCAUUUCUUCCCAACACAAACUGUCGUGACCGGUCUCCUUCAAUAUGUCAAUCACGUGUACUGAGCUGCUUCAAUGGAUUUACCGCUGUCUCUAUAGAAGCGAAGCCAUUCAGUAUCUCCUUUCAUCGACGCUAAGUGCGCCCGGUCAUUUCUACAACCACUAUAUAUCCAGCGUUCUUGUCCAAUAGAUUACCCUAACUUGUUUUCACUUGGCUAAACCAUCAAGUUUCUUGAUCUCGAACAAGAUGGAGCACAGAGUCGAGAACGGUAAAAUAGAAAAUGGUUUCGCUUUACCAGAAAACACCAAGCCAACAGUAAUCGAUAGCCAGAACGCUAAAACACUCGACGUCAGCAUGAUGACACCUGCUCAGAAACGUCGAGAAAAAAUUGCCAUCCUAAAGAACGUUCUCACCAUCAGCAUGGGCUUCCUGUUUCUUUUCACCGCUUUCCAGUCCCUGCAAAAUCUGCAGAGUAGUUUGAAUGUGGACGAGGGGCGUGGCUUGGCCUCCCUGUCAGUCAUUUACGCAUCGUUAAUCGUCUCUUGCAUGUUCGUGCCACCCUACUUGAUUGGUCGUUUGGGAUGUAAAUGGGCUUUAGUCGUGUCCAUGAUAAGCUAUGUGUUGUAUACUGUGGCAAAUUACUACGUUCAGUGGUGGACACUGAUACCGGCCUCUUUCUUGGUUGGCCUAUCAGCAGCUCCCUUGUGGUCGUCAAAGUGUGCGUAUCUAACCACAUCAGCAAUACGAUACUGUGAAUUGAACAAAGAAACACAAGAAGCUGUCGUCACCAGGUUUUUUGGGAUUUUCUUCUUGAUAUUCCAGAGUGGCCAGAUUUGGGGCAACCUCAUUUCGUCAAUGGUACUGAAAACUGGAGAAGGCGAGGACGCAUUCCGGCCCAAUGCUGCAGAAGUGUGCGGAGCAAAGUUUUUCACGAUGCCAAAAGACCCUGUCAACAAAACCAAUUCUACUCACGCUUCAUACAAACCACCACAAAAACUCGUCAUUACUAUGUUGAGUAUCUAUGUGGCUAUUGGAGCUUUUGCUGUGGUUUUUAUCAUGAUUUUCUUGAAGAGACUUACUGGCAGCAUGAGCAGAAAGAAAGAUGAGGUGUCUGGAAUGAAGUUACUGAUUGCUACCAUGAAACACGUGUGGCAAGAUCACAGGAUGAAGCUGAUUGUUCCACUGACAAUUUACAGUGGGCUUGAACAGGCUUUUGUUUUUGGGGACUUCACGGCGGCAUUUGUUACAUGUUCCAUCGGAAUUCACCGUGUGGGAUUGGUCAUGAUCUGCUUUGGCGUAACAGAUGCUGCAUUUUCUUUCAUCCUUGGUAAACUCACUCAGUACACUGGUAGAUUCCCGAUAUUUUUGGCAGGAUUCUUUGUACAUCUAACAGCAAUCGUCACGAUGUUGGUUUGGAUGCCGAGCCGUGAUUACGUUUGGGUUUUCUACGUACUUGCAGCCUUGCAAGGCUUCUGCGAUGCCAUCUGGCAGACCCAGAUCAACGCUCUCUAUGGCUGCUAUUUCCCUGACAACCAAGAACCUGCUUUCUCCAACUACCGUCUUUGGGAAUCUCUUGGUUUCGUUGUUGCCUUUGCAUACGGCAACUAUCUGGGCAUCAGCGUGAAGCUGUACAUCCUGUUGACCGUCCUUCUCCAAGGCAUGAUGGGAUACUUUGCUUCUGAGAUCAUUCACUAUCGAAAGGAGAAGAAUUCUCUUGAUAUCUCUCCGGGGCCUGGAACAGAAAUGGCACAGACGAAUGCUGCUUUGGAAGGUGAAGACCAACUGUCAAAAAAGGCUUGAGCUGAGGCUAGUUCCUAUACUUUUUUUAAGGCUAGUGAAGCAAAGCAAACAAUAUAAAUAUCUCUUGUAGUAAAACUCGGAUUUUAUGGUUCAUCCAUCCAUGUCAGUAGUUACGAAGUUUUUUGAAAUAAUCUUUUGAUCAAAAUCUCUCUUGACCGGACAAGUUCCAAUUCGAUCUGGGAGGACCUCUUCCGAUGUCACCAACAAAUGUGAUAUACAGGUAGUCAAUACAGUAGAUAUUCAAUCGAUAGGGAUGGAGAUUGAGGGGUGGAGAAAAUCAUAAAAAUAACAUGUAUAUACAGUAAAAAAUACCGUAAUCGGGAAAAUCUUAAUCGUAACCGUUAAUCGGGAAAUUUUCAUUAUUUUUCGCACUAUUGUAGAAUUUACACAUUAAUACUCAAAAUGUAAAAAUAGUAAAAAGUAAGUUAAUGCAAAUGACUUUAUACAAAGCAUAUAAAAUAAUAAUUAAUUAUAAAAGUCUUAGAACUCAGUAUUUAUCCUAUAGAUUCUAAGGUUUUGACUAAAUUUCCUUGAUGGAAAUUGCGUACUUUGCAAAUGUGUAUAACCAAGAAACACUAAUAAUAUAAGAUCAAUUAAAAAUAAUAAUGCUAACGAUGACAACAAUCAUGGACUAGUUAGCUAGUUACAUGCAUUCUCUACUUUCACAUCCCCAUAAUACUUUGCGUCUGGGGGGUAACCAGAGGGUAAAAACCCGCUUAUUUUGCUGAAGACUCAUCAGACAAUGUUGACAAUACCUUGUUUGGUAUCCAAAAAUAAAAUGAAGAGGUAAAAACCAGAAAAAGAUAGAAGCUUGAAGACAUUUAAGGUAGAUUUUAAACAUCUUUUUGUAAGUCAAUACAUUUUCUGUAAGACCAAAACUCUUGAUGAUCUGUACACGCAAAAAUAACUUGGAAUAAACUGAUAAUCAGUAUUGUACAGAUAAAAGCAGGUAUAGUAUAAAUUCAAUUAAGAAACCUUUCAAUUUGGGAAAAUUUUUGAUUGGUUACCCCCAAAGACGCAAGGCAUUAUGGGGAUGUGAAAGUAGAGAAUAGGCUGCUUCAUAGCCCAUGUUUCAGGGUCUUAUCAGUGUCUUAUUAUUAGACACCUUUAGCACGACGUUCUUGCUAGGUACCGCAAACCCCAAACUGCAGUUCGAUGUCAGGCGUUUUCCUUCAAACUUUCGACAUUUAGCAAGGCGUCAUAACGAAGUUGUUGCUAGAAGAGUCGCCAAAUUGAAUUUCAUUGAUGCGGAGUGUUUCAAGUUUCCUCCGUGUUUGCGGGCGUGUUUCUGGGCCUGAUCUCUAGCGGUUAGCGGUAAACCUGAUGCUAAACGUCCGGCUCUAAUGUCUUAUUAUGAGGAGCGGCGGGUUUCUGUGAAGCAGUCUACUAGUUGCAUGAAUGUAAUGAUGAUGAUGAUGAUGCUGCUUAUACUUAUUACAUACUGACGAUGAUGAUAAAAAUAAUGACAUAAAGAAUUAAUUAAAUAUUUAAUUUAGCGAUUAAGGAAUAUGCCGACGUUUCGACGUUAGCUUAAAUGACGUCAAGCGUUGUCAUGUUUUCAAAGCUUUAUCAAGCUGAAGAUGUUGCAGCACGAUGCCGGUCGUUGAUGAUGUUGCUGCUGCUGAUGAUGAUGAUAAUACUAGCUUAUGAUUAUGACACCAAUGAUGAUACUGAAG